CACAAAAUAUUGAUUAUAGUUCAAUAGGAAUCAGAUAAAAAUCAGAUUUCAUCAACUCCAAAAAUCUAUAUAAGUGUCUAAACUCUAAUCCAGACAAUAUAAUGCACCUCACAAUGAAACUAUUUUUCUUGCUGGUCGUUACCAUUGCUCUUGCUUCGGGUAAACCCUCCCCGGGUCCUAAAAUCGGCCGUCGUAGUUUCUUCCAACCUAGUGUUCGCGUCAUCCAUGGCGACGAUGCCACCGAAGGCCAGUACCCCUACCAAAUCUCAUACCAAUGGGGAAUCCUUGGUGUUUACGAACACGUCUGUGGAGGCUCCAUCAUCUCCCCCACAUUCAUUCUCACAGCUGGCCACUGUGUUACUCAAGUCCCUGAAAUAGGUGAACAUAAAAUUGUAGCUGGAAUAACCGAACUGAACGAAAAGAACAACGAAAGACAAGAAAUUCAAGUCGUGGAGAAAAUCGUCCAUCCAAAUUUUACAGGAGGUGUAGGUCCCAACGACGUUGCUCUUCUUAAAUUAGCGAAACCGUUGGAAUUCGGCGAUUUGGUAAAACCGGUGGUUUUACCUGAAGCCGAUUCGGUGCCUUCCGGAGAUUCAGUUUUGACGGGUUGGGGGUCUACUUCUACCACAGUUAUCCCAGUUUUGCCCAACCAUUUGCAAACUGUUACUAUCCCAAUCUUAGAGUAUACUGAUUGUAAAACGGCAAUUGAUGCUCUUUUGGACGGUGAAGCAAAUCCUCUUUCAGAAGUAUCAAACAUUUGCACUCACUCAAAAUCUAAUGGCGAGGGGGCCUGUUCAGGUGACAGUGGUGGCCCAUUGGCUCAGAAUGGUACUGUUAUAGGGAUUGUUUCGUGGGGUUUCACACCAUGUGGGUCGGAAAAAGCACCCUCCGUUUAUACCAGGGUUAGCAAUUUUAUCGAUUUCAUCAAGGAAAACGUAAACGACUUACCAAAGUAAAAUAAAAAUAUUGUAUUAUGUAAAAAACAAAUAAAAAUACCAUUCAAAAUAAA